AUGUUUUCAUUACUUCUUUCUUUUCUUUCCUUUCCUUUUUUUUUCGUUUUCUUUUUACAUAAAUCGUUUAUCAAUUUCAUUCGAUUUGCCGCUGUUGAUUUUAAUUUUCUUUCUUCUCUCUCAAAUAUUUUUUUCUUUCCAUAUGCCUAUCAUUCUUUCUUAACAGCACUUUUCAUUACCUUCCUUUUCCUCCCUAUCUUGAAUCUGUCCCACACUCCCCAACAUCCGGAAUCCUGUUUAUACUUUUCUUUCGUUCGUUUGAUCUAUUUUUUCCGUAUUGUGGCUACUUUUUCUUUACUUUAUUAUUCUUUCCAUGUCUUUCUUUUUUCUUUCUUUCCAAGUUUUUCUUUCUUUCUUUCCACGUUUUAUUUCUUUCUUUCUACGUCUUUCUUUAUUUCUUUCUUUCUACGUCUUUCUUUCUUUCUUUCUUUAUUUAUUUAUUUAUUUCCACGUCUUCUUUCUUUCUUUCUUUCUUUCGUUCUUUCUUUCUUGCCACGCCAUUCUUUCUUUCCACGUUUUUCUUUAUUUCUUUCCUCGUCUUUCUUUUUUCCCUGUCUUUCUUUAUUUCCAGGUCUUUCUUUCCACGUCUUUCUUUCCACGUCUUUCUUUCUUUCUUUCUUUACUUUUUCUCUUUCGAAUAUUAUCUAUCUAUCUAUCUAUCUAUCUAUCUAUCUAUCUAUCUAUCUAUCUAUCUAUUUAUCUAUCUAUCUAUCUAUCUAUCUAUCUAUCUAUUUAUCUAUCUAUCUAUCUAUCUAUCUAUCUAUCUAUGUUAAAAUCUAUUUACACACUAUAUAUUAUUAUUUUAAUAUAUUUGUAUUAAUUCUUUCUAUCUAUCUAUCUAUCUAUCUAUCUAUCUAUCUAUCUAUCUAUCUAUCUAUCUAUCUAUCUAUCUAUAUUUUUAUCUUACACACUAUAUAUUAUUAUUUUAAUAUAUUUGUAUUAAUUCUUUCUAUCUAUCUAUCUAUCUAUCUAUCUAUCUAUCUAUCUAUCUAUUUAUCUAUGUUAAAAUCUAUGUUUUUACACACUAUAUAUUAUUAUUUUAAUAUAUUUGUAUUAAUUCUUUUAUCUAUCUAUCUAUCUAUCUAUCUAUCUAUCUAUCUAUCUAUCAUCUAUCUAUCUAUCUAUCUAUCUAUCUAUCUAUAUUUUUUAUCGUCUACGGAACUCCGGAGUAGAUUACACACUAUAUAUUAUUAUUUUAAUAUAUUUGUAUUAAUUCUUUCUAUCUAUCUAUCUAUCUAUCUAUCUAUCUAUCUAUCUAUCUAUCUAUCUAUCUAUCUAUCUAUCUCAAUGUUUCUUUCUUUCUAUCUAUCUAUCUAUCUAUCUAUCUAUCUAUCUAUCUAUCUAUCUAUCUAUCUAUUAGAGUUGCUCAAUAUAAGCUCAUUACACACUAUAUAUUAUUAUUUUAAUAUAUUUGUAUUAAUUCUUUCUAUCUAUCUAUCUAUCUAUCUAUCUAUCUAUCUAUCUAUCUAUCUAUCUAUCUAUCUAUUUAUCUAUGUUAAAAUCUAUUUACACACUAUAUAUUAUUAUUUUAAUAUAUUUGUAUUAAUUCUUUCUAUCUAUCUAUCUAUCUAUCUAUCUAUCUAUCUAUCUAUCUAUCUAUCUAUCUAUCUAUCUAUCUAUCUAUCUAUAUUUUUUAUCUCAGCUGAGUUACACUAUAUAUUAUUAUUUUUUAAUAUAUUUGUAUUAAUUCUUUCUAUCUAUCUAUCUAUCUAUCUAUCUAUCUAUCUAUCUAUCUAUGUUAAAAUCUAUCUUAGUUACACAAUUAUAUAUUAUUAUUUUAAUAUAUUUGUAUUAAUUCUUUCUAUCUAUCUAUCUAUCUAUCUAUCUAUCUAUCUAUCUAUCUAUCUAUCUAUCUAUCUAUCUAUCUCAAUGUUUCUUUCUUUCUAUCUAUCUAUCUAUCUAUCUAUCUAUCUAUCUAUCUAUCUAUCUAUCUAUGUUAAAAUCUAUUUACACACUAUAUAUUAUUAUUUUAAUAUAUUUGUAUUAAUUCUUUCUAUCUAUCUAUCUAUCUAUCUAUCUAUCUAUCUAUCUAUCUAUCUAUCUAUCUAUCUAUCUAUCUAUAUUUUUUAUCGUCUACGGAACUCCGGAUUACACACUAUAUAUUAUUAUUUUAAUAUAUUUGUAUUAAUUCUUUCUAUCUAUCUAUCUAUCUAUCUAUCUAUCUAUCUAUCUAUCUAUCUAUCUAUCUAUCUAUCUAUGUUAAAAUCUAUGUUUUUACACACUAUAUAUUAUUAUUUUAAUAUAUUUGUAUUAAUUCUUUCUAUCUAUCUAUCUAUCUAUCUAUCUAUCUAUCUAUCUAUCUAUCUAUCUAUCUAUCUAUCUAUCUAUCUUUUUUUUAUCCUCAGUCAGCUUAGUUACACUAUAUAUUAUUAUUUUAAUAUAUUUGUAUUAAUUCUUUCUAUCUAUCUAUCUAUCUAUCUAUCUAUCUAUCUAUCUAUCUAUCUAUUUAUCUAUGUUAAAAUCUAUUCAGCUGAGUUACACACUAUAUAUUAUUAUUUUAAUAUAUUUGUAUUAAUUCUUUCUAUCUAUCUAUCUAUCUAUCUAUCUAUCUAUCUAUCUAUCUAUCUAUCUAUGUUAAAAUCUAUGUUUUUACACACUAUAUAUUAUUAUUUUAAUAUAUUUGUAUUAAUUCUUUCUAUCUAUCUAUCUAUCUAUCUAUCUAUCUAUCUAUCUAUAUUUUUUAUCUCAGCUGAGUUACACACUAUAUAUUAUUAUUUUAAUAUAUUUGUAUUAAUUCUUUCUAUCUAUCUAUCUAUCUAUCUAUCUAUCUAUCUAUCUAUCUAUCUAUCUAUCUAUCUAUCUAUGUUAAAAUCUAUGUUUUUACACACUAUAUAUUAUUAUUUUAAUAUAUUUGUAUUAAUUCUUUUCUAUCUAUCUAUCUAUCUAUCUAUCUAUCUAUCUAUCUAUCUAUCUAUCUAUCUAUCUAUCUAUCUAAUGUUUCUCAAUCUAUCUAUUAUCUAUUUCUAUCUAUCUAUCUAUCUAUCUAUCUAUCUAUCUAUCUAUCUAUCUAUCUAUGUUAAAAUCUAUGUUUUCAGCUUAGUUACACACUAUAUAUUAUUUUUUAAUAUAUUUGUAUUAAUUCUUUCUAUCUAUCUAUCUAUCUAUCUAUCUAUCUAUCUAUCUAUCUAUCUAUCUAUCUAUCUAUCUAUCUAUAUUUUUAUCCUCAGUCAGCUUAGUUACACUAUAUAUUAUUAUUUUAAUAUAUUUGUAUUAAUUCUUUCUAUCUAUCUAUCUAUCUAUCUAUCUAUCUAUCUAUCUAUCUAUCUAUCUAUGUUAAAAUCUAUGUUUUUACACACUAUAUAUUAUUAUUUUAAUAUAUUUGUAUUAAUUCUUUCUAUCUAUCUAUCUAUCUAUCUCUAUCUAUCUAUCUAUCUAUCUAUCUAUCUAUCUAUCUAUCUAUCUAUCUAUCUAUAUUUUUUUAUCUUACACACUAUAUAUUAUUAUUUUAAUAUAUUUGUAUUAAUUCUUUCUAUCUAUCUAUCUAUCUAUCUAUCUAUCUAUCUCUAUCUAUCUAUCUAUCUAUCUAUCUAUCUAUAUUUUUUAUCGUCUACGGAACUCCGGAGUAGAUUACACACUAUAUAUUAUUAUUUUAAUAUAUUUGUAUUAAUUCUUUCUAUCUAUCUAUCUAUCUAUCUAUCUAUCUAUCUAUCUAUCUAUCUAUCUAUCUAUCUAUCUAUCUAUCUAUCUAUCUAUAUUUUUUAUCCUCAGUCAGCUGAGUUACACACUAUAUAUUAUUAUUUUAAUAUAUUUGUAUUAAUUCUUUCUAUCUAUCUAUCUAUCUAUCUAUCUAUCUAUCUAUCUAUCUAUGUUAAAAUCUAUCUCAGUCAGCUGAGUUACACUAUAUAUUAUUAUUUUUAUAUAUUUGUAUUAAUUCUUUCUAUCUAUCUAUCUAUCUAUCUAUCUAUCUAUCUAUCUAUCUAUCUAUCUAUCUAUCUAUCUAUCUAUGUUAAAAUCUAUUUACACACUAUAUAUUAUUAUUUUAAUAUAUUUGUAUUAAUUCUAUCUAUCUAUCUAUCUAUCUAUCUAUCUAUCUAUCUAUCUAUCUAUCUAUCUAUCUAUCUAUCUAUCUAUCUAUCUAUCUAUCUAUCUAUCUAUCUAUAUUUUUUAUCGUCUACGGAACUCCGGAAUAACCACUCAUCAUUUCCUGCUUUCUUGAUUUUUAAUUCCUUUCAUGAGUUUCUUUACGAUUCAUUUUUUCUUUUUUUCUUUUUUCGUUUUCCUUCUUUCUUACAUUCUUGUACGUAUUUGUCUUUUUACAUCAUUCCGUCUUUUCUGACUUACAUUUUUUCUCCCUACAUUUCUGAUCCGUUUCAUGGUUUCUUGAUUUUCCUUCUUUCUUUCUUUCAUUCAUUCUUUCUUUCAUUUUCGUUUCUCUCUUUUUCAUCAUUCAAUCUUAUCUGGCGUCCUUUGUAUUUCGUUGUUUCAUGCAUUUGCUUUCUGUCUGUCUUACUGUCUGCCAUUAUUUGUUGCUUUCUUUCUAUCUUAAUUUUUUGUCAAUUAUAUCUUUUUUUGCUUUCUUUAUUUCUUAUCGGAUGUCCUCACGGGCUUAUAUAUAAAAAUUCACGAUCUAUCUAUCUAUCUAUCUAUCUAUCUAUCUAUCUGUUUUUUAAACUUUUUUUACAUUUUAUAUUUGUAGCUAACAUUCUAUCACAAAAAAUAUGUUACUGA